GCGGCGGUUGCCGUGGGCACCGGGGAGGUGGGGGGGGGGGGUGGCGGAGCAAAGCCUGCGCGGUGCCGGGGGGGUGGCCCACGGGGAAGGGGCAUCGCCCGCGGCCGUGGCCUUGCGGCGGCCGGCGCUGAAUGGCAGCGGGCUGCGUGCAGGCUGCCAUGGCGCUGGGGCUCUCCUCCAAGAAAGCUUCCUCCAGGAACAUCGCCGUGGAGAGGAAGAACCUCAUCACGGUCUGCAGGUUCUCGGUGAAGACGCUGCUGGAGAAGUACACGGCGGAGCCCAUCGACGACUCCUCCGAGGAGUUCGUGAACUUCGCCGCCAUCCUCGAGCAGAUCCUCAGCCACCGCUUCAAAGGCCCCGUCAGCUGGUUCAGCUCGGAUGGGCAGCGCGGGUUCUGGGAUUACAUCCGCCUGGCCUGCAGCAAGGUGCCCAACAACUGCGUCAGCAGCAUCGAGAGCAUGGAGAACAUCAGCACCUCCCGGGCCAAGGGCCGAGCCUGGAUCCGUGUGGCGCUGAUGGAGAAGCGCAUGUCUGAGUACAUCUCCACAGCGCUGCGGGACACACGGACCACGAGGCGGUUCUAUGAUGAUGGGGCCAUCAUGCUGCGGGAGGAGUCCACGGUGCUCACCGGGAUGCUCAUUGGGCUCAGCGCCAUUGACUUCAGCUUCUGCCUGAAGGGUGAGGUGAUGGAUGGAAAAACACCCGUGGUCAUUGACUACACGCCCUACCUGAAGUUCACACAGAGUUAUGACUACCUGAGCGAGGAGGAGGAGCGGGGCAGCGUGGAGAGCAGCACGAGCGAGGAUAGCUCCCCCGAGCACCCCUACCUGCCCCUGGUCACCGACGAGGACAGUUGGUACAACAAAUGGCGCAAGAUGGAGCAGAAGUUCCGCAUUGUUUAUGCCCAAAAGGGGUACCUGGAGGAGCUGGUGCGGCUGCGGGAGUCACAGCUGAAGGACCUGGAGGCAGAGAACAAGCGGCUGAAGCUGCGGCUGGAGGAGGUGAUGGUACAGAACCAGCUGGAGAAGAGGGAGCUGGAGGGCGUCAUCCUGGAGCUGCAGGAGCAGCUGACGGGGCUGAUCCCCUGUGAGAACCCGCAGCUGGCGCAGCUCUCCAAGGAGAUGGUGACACCCCUGGUGAACCAGUGGCCAUCGCUGGGGACCCUCAAUGGCAACGAGAGCGGCUCAGACAGCAAACUGUACCGGAGGCACAGCUUCGUGAGCACCGACCAGCUCUCGGCCGAGAACAGCCUCAGCUCCGACUCCCAGCGCCUGGGCGAGGGCAAGCGCGAAGGCGAGCCCUGGGGGCCCUUGGGGAAGGAUCCGACCCCGUCCAUGCUGGGGCUCUGCGGCUCCCUGGCCUCGCUGCCCAGCUGCAAGUCCUUGGCCAGCCUCAAGUCCAACGAGUGCCUGGUGAGCGACAGCACGGAAGCCAGCCCGAGCCGCAGCCCCAGCUGAGACCCCCGGCCCCGCCGCCCCACAGCCACUGACCUCGGCCCCCCAGCACCCACCAGGGACCCGCCGGGACCGGGAACCCUCUGCUCUGUCUUGACACCCCAACCCCAGCUGCGCCUCGGCACGGUCCCUGGCUGGAGACAUGGACCCGUUGGGAUGGGGUUGCUGGACCGGGACUGAUGCGAGCUGGGGAUGGGAAUGGGAGUGAAUGCCGGGGGGGGGAACAUGGGGAGCGAGCGCUGAGGGGGAGCACUGGAGGAGGAUCAGGGCUAAACCCUCGCUCGGUCUGGGCUCCCCCAGACACUGCAGGGGCUUGGCCUGUGCCCCUCUUUGGGGUCCAGCUCUCCCCCCUUGCAGCAACAUCCCCACCACAGGGAUAGCCCCCCCUCCCCAGCCCCUUCCCAUCCUCCCUGGGGUUUGGGUUGGAUGAGUUUGGUUUUUAAUGCAGCCCCAUCCGCCUCAUUGGAGCAAAAGGAAUCAAUAAACGCAGCAACUGAGCCGGCA